AUGUCACAUGAAAGCCAGUACACCCAGGAGAGGAUCACCACGAGAGACCAGGCGAAGGACGAGCGAGAAGCGCACCAUGAAGCCGAAGUCGUGAUCAUUGGUGCUGGUAUUCUUGGGUGCGCAUUGGCAGUAGCACUGGGAGACCAAGGCCGAAGUGUCAUACUACUGGAGAAGUCGUUGAAAGAGCCGGAUCGCAUCGUGGGUGAGCUUCUACAACCAGGAGGCGUGCAGGCGCUGGAAAAACUUGGGCUGCGGGACUGCCUUGAAGAGAUCGAUGCAAUCAAAGUGUAUGGAUAUGAUGUGAUAUUCUAUGGCGAGGAGGUGCGGAUAUCAUACCCAGAAAACGCGCGCGAGAUGGAGGAUGGGUACUCGGAGGACAGCAGGUCGGAUGAGAUGCGAGGCAUGAAGAGGAAGCGGCCAGAGGGCAGGUCAUUCCAUCAUGGACGCUUCAUACAACGGCUACGGCAAAAGGCUAUGCAGCAGCCGAAUGUGACAGUGGUGGAGGCCACUGCUACAGAGCUCGUGCGCAGCGGAUACACGGAUCAGAUCUUGGGUGUGCAGGCGACUGUUAGGGGCGAGCAGGACUCGUUCUUCGGCAGCCUGACCAUAAUCGCGGAUGGAUACGCCAGCAAGUUUCGCAAGGACUUCAGGACGGAUGCACCCGUCGUUCGAUCCAAGUUCUGGGGCCUCGAGCUCAUCGAUGCCGAGCUACCAAUGCCCUGCCAUGGCCACGUUGUAUUGGGCGACGGAGCCCCGAUCCUGCUAUACCAGAUCGGCACGCACGAGACACGCGCACUCGUCGACAUCCCAGACAACCUCCCCUCAGCCUCAGUCAAAGCAGGCGGUGUCAAAGGCCAUCUCAAAAACGUGGUCGUACCCUCACUCCCCGAAAAGGUUCGACCAGCCUUCGAAGCAGCAAUCGACCGCGACCGCCUCCGCUCCAUGCCCAACUCCUUCCUCCCUGCAACAACAAACAAACAGCCCGGCCUCGUCCUCCUCGGCGACGCAAUGAACAUGCGUCACCCGCUCACCGGUGGCGGCAUGACCGUAGCUUUCAACGACGUCGUCCUGCUCUCCGACCUCCUGAGCCCCGAAAAGGUCCCAAUGCUCGACAAUACGAAGCUCGUGCUCAAACAGAUGCGCACGUUCCACUGGCGACGCAAGGGCUUGACUUCAGUCAUCAACAUCCUGGCCCAAGCACUCUACUCGCUGUUCGCGGCAGAGGAUGCGCAGCUGAAGGCGCUGCAGAUGGGUUGUUUCCAGUACUUCAAGCUCGGAGGCAACUGCAUUGACGGACCGGUUGGCCUGCUCGGUGGCAUUAUACGACAGCCAUUCGUGCUGUUCUACCACUUCUUUGCUGUGGCACUUUAUGCGAUAUGGAUCUACAUCACCAGCGCCAGCUUGUUGGCAAUACCUAUCCGAGCGGUUGGGAGCGUGGGCGUGUUCUGGAAGGCGUGCGUGGUCAUCUUUCCUUAUAUCUUCUCGGAACUUAGACCAUAG